CCUUCCCCUCUGGAGCUGUUUUAACUGUGCAGCCAGGAUGCACGGCAGGCUGAAAGUGAAGACGACAGAAGAGCAGGCUGAAGCCAAACGCCUCGAACGGGAGAAGAAGCUACGCCAAUAUGUGACAGUCACCAGAGCCAUUUUUGAGAAGAGGAAAACGGGACAGCUGGACAAAGAGGCCCUGGAACUGACCAGUCAAGUCUUGGGUGCGAACCCAGACUUUGCCACCCUCUGGAACUUCCGACGGGAGAUCUUUCUUCACCUGGAGAAGGAGGCCCCGGAGGAGAUGCAAUCCCUCUGCAAGGCGGAGCUCUCCUUCCUGGAAUCCUGCCUGCGUGUGAACCCCAAAUCCUACGGGACGUGGCACCAUCGCUGCUGGGUGAUGCAGCACAUCCCAGAGCCGAACUGGGCCCGGGAGCUUGAGCUUUGCAGCAAAUUCUUGGAGACGGACGAACGCAACUUUCACUGCUGGGACUAUCGUCGCUUUGUGGUCCAGCACUCGCAGGUCCUCCCGGAGGAUGAGCUGGCCUUCAGUGACAGCCUCAUCACCCGGAACUUCUCCAACUAUUCCUCCUGGCAUUACCGCAGCCUCCUCCUUCCAAAGCUUUACCCGGACCCCCAGCAGCAAGGCCGGAUCACCGAAGAAAUCCUGCUGAAAGAACUGGAACUGGUGCAAAAUGCCUUCUUCACCGAUCCGAACGAUCAGAGCGCGUGGUUCUAUCAUCGCUGGCUCCUGGGAAGAGCUGAUCCGGAACCGACGAUCCGUUGUGUCUACGUCAACAGAGAGGACGCCACCUUGGCUGUGGCUUUCUCCCACCCUGUGGCGAUCGCUCCGGCCUCUCACGACCUGAUUGUGUUCGGGGACGAGUCGCCUCUGGUGGUCCGUUGGCGUACCCCUGACGGAAGGAACCAGCCGGGAUAUAUGUGGCUGUGUGACUUGCCGGCUUCGGCCCUCAACGACCACUGGCCCCAGCAUACCUUCCGGGUUCUGUGGGCCGAGAGCGACGCCCAGAAAGAGUGUGUCCUUUUCAAAGGACACAAAGAUUGCUGGAAUCAGGAUUCGGUGACCGAGGAACAAGUGUUCAGGUGUGAGCUCUCCACGGAGAAGUCCACCGUCCUGCAGUCGGAACUGGAAUCCUGCAAAGAACUGCAGGCUCUGGAGCCAGAAAACAAAUGGUGCCUCUUGACAAUCAUCUUCCUCAUGAGAGCCUUAGAUCCUCUGGUUUACGAGCAGGAAACCCUCAGCUAUUUCACAACCCUGAAGGCUGCCGAUCCCAUGCGUUCGGCCUACCUGGAUGAUCUGCGCAGCAAGUUCCUGGUGGAGAACAGCAUCCUCAAGAUGGAGUAUGCUGAUGCCCGGGUUGUCGACUUGUCUCAAAGGGGUCUCACUUUCCUCUGCCACCUCGAACACCUGCUGCUGGUGACCCACAUGAACCUCUCGGAGAACCGCCUCCGCAGCUUGCCUCCCACGCUGGCCAUGAUGCGCUGCCUUGAGGUACUGGAGGUGGAUGACAACCGGAUCGAGACCCUCGAAGGCCUGCCGCCUCUCCCCUGCCUUGAGGAGCUCUCCCUCUGCAACAACCGCCUCCGGCGCCCCUCCGACCUCCAGCCUCUGGCCUCCUUCCCGAAGCUUGCCCACCUCAACCUAAGGGGCAACCCUCUGUGCCAAAUCAAGGGCAUCCAGUCGGAGCUCACCGCGCUACUACCCAACGUGGCCACCAUCCUCACCUGAUGGGCUCCUGGGGAGCUCCUCUAUCCUCUGAUUCCCCCGUGAGCCUCCCCUUCCUUCCCCCAGUGCACCGACACCUUUAAUUUAUUGGCAUGAGACGAUUAAAUGCAGAAAAACUGGC